UUUCCCCCUCGGAUCUGUUCCCCCUUUACUUUUCGUUCCGGCGCUUUCCUUUUCCAGAGAUGGAAGAGGCGAAGAGGUGGCGGGUGAGCGCGGGGGAAACGGAGGCCUGGAUGGACAGAGCUGUAGAUAUGGCUAAAGAUGCACUUGAGAAUGGUGAAGUACCUGUUGGUUGCCUCAUGGUCUACAAUAGUGAGAUUGUAGGGAAAGGAAGGAAUGAAGUUAACGAAACAAAAAAUGCUACUCGCCAUGCAGAAAUGGUAGCAAUUGAUCAGGUCUUAGAUUGGUGUCAACAGCACAAGAAGCAACCUGAGGAAGUUUUUACACACACAGUAUUAUACGUUACAGUUGAGCCCUGUAUUAUGUGUGCGGCUGCGCUUCGAAUGAUGAAAAUCCCGUUGGUUGUAUAUGGUUGCCAAAAUGAACGGUUUGGAGGCUGCGGCUCAGUUCUGAAUAUCUCUUCUGCUACCUUAACAGAUACAGGAGAACCAUUUCAAUGCAUAGCUGGUUAUCGAUCUGAAGAAGCUGUGGAGAUGCUGAAAACCUUCUACAGACAAGAGAAUCCAAAUGCACCAAAAUCAAAAGUUCGGAAAAAGGAAUUCAGUAAAUGAGAGGCUGUUGUAAAGUUAACCAGACUAGAAGAAGAAUAAAUCCAUGAAUGAUCUUCACAAUGCUGACCUUUGCUGGACUAAAUUGUUUAGCUCCAGAGGGUGGAAAAUGACACACCUGUCUCUUUUCAAUAUGUGGUUGAAUAUAAUAUGCAAGUUAUGAUAAAUUAACAAAUAUAAUUGCGGGUCAAAAUGUCUAGUUUGUUCUCCCUUGGGUACCAAACUGGAAAGGUAUUAUUGAAAGAACAAUACCAGCAAAGGCUGAACUCUUGCAACUAUUGAUUUUGAACUUAACAAGAGGUUCAGCUAAUUAGGAUAAUGCAUGCUUUGCCAGUACAGACUCUGAUUUUUAUUGUCUUGUAAAUUAUUUGGAUAAGAACUCUGUAUAAAAACUCUCUGUCAUCUUCCAGUUCCCCAAGUUGUUCACUAAGUUAUACAUGAUGAAUCAAGCUUUCCAGGUCACCUGCUACAUUGGAAUUUCUGUUAGGAACUAGUCUGAUUAGUAUUAAGACUUUAUUAAGCUAUAAUAUAGUCCAGGUAUUUAGUCAUUUUAAUCUAGUUGAGUCUGUUCUAGUGCUAGCAGAGGUUUCCCUAUAAUUUCCUGUGUGUUAUAUAUUCAACUGGAAAUACCGAAGAUAAGAAGGGGACCUUCUGCAUAAAAACCAUGUGCUCUUUCAGUGAAAUAGUCCAAAUAUGUAUAAACAUCUGACAAUGUCUAAUUUGUACCAUUUUCUUCAGUGCAUCACAGGGCAAGUGUAGAACUUCCCAGAAACUUCAGUGUUCAGACCUUGGUAGAAAAAAUUGGCAAUAUUAAACUUAACGUUGUGAUGACUGAAUUGAAAGGCUUGUACUCAUGCCUGAUCAGUUGCUGCUAUACUUGCUCUUUUCAGAUGAAUUCCUGUUGUGUUAGCAAUCACCAUUAAGGAUCAGUUGAUUUAGUUAUAUUUUAAUAUGUUUGCAAUAGUAAACUCCUUGUAAUAUUGAAGGCAGGCUGUUCAGGUUAGCAGCAUCUACCCGAUCUUGGAUAGUAUUGAAAAGCUCAGCAGGGCCAGUAUAGUUUAUUCUUUGGAAAUUCCAGAACUGUUGGACUGACUGCAAAGUUGAAAAAGCAUUCCAGAAAAAAAAAAAGGCAAAAGAAAACCACUUCUGUAAUGUUGCUGAGAAAAUAACAUGGGUGUAACCAUGAAGUCACCAGUAGUCAUGGUAAAUUUGAGGGAAUUUGUUGAAUAAAUUACACAAUACCUUG